AACAAUACCCUGGAAAUUCCAUCUUCACCUAAUUUUCUUCUGUUGCCGUUUCAUCUGAUCGACGAAAUUUCUUAAACCAGAUCUUCCAUUCCUAUUCCUAACAUGUGUUUGACUAUUACCUAUAAUUUUGCCUUCUUCUUUAUAUAAUUUGCAUGCAUUUUCCUCUCUAUGGUGAAUAUUCUCUGAAUCUCGUAUUAAUUGGGAAUAGAUUGUUGUAUUUUUAUACUUCACUGGCUUUAAAGGCAGUUACAAUGUAUUCUCUGCAUUUAUUCCACCUGUUUGCUUUUUACUGAUCAAUAAUCAACCAAACCAAACACAUUAAAGAUCAUCCAUUCAAGAUUAUCCACCCACUUCAAUCCAGCUAUCUGAACCGCAUGGCUUUAGAGAUACCCUUUAAGAUUCCUAAUGUUUUUCCUUAUCUGGGUAUGACAGAUUCUCGUUCUAAGUGCUAUGAAUCAGUAUCUAAGCAGGGGAAAUUGGUAGCCCGUUUUAAAUGGGGUCAUAAUUACUGUUUAUCAGCUCAUAGGCAAGUAAGGUCUGUUGAAUCUGAAAAUUCAUCCAAUGUUGCUGCUCAAUUAUGGCAUGUGAUUGAUCAGAGAGGCAACAACGGUGUAGGAAAUUUACAGGAGAACUUGAGCUCUCUUCCAAGGUCCUCAUCGGUGACAGAUAUUUCUUCGGUUGAUGGUAGGAAGGUCCGCGUCUCUUACAAGGGGUCACCUGGUGUAUUUGAUGAAGAUGCUGCUCUCAAAGCUUACCCUCAAUGUGAAACAAUUCCUUGUGAUGAGUUUGAAGAUAUAUUCAAGGCUGUUGAACUUGGGCAAGUUGAUAAAGCCGUUCUUCCAGUUGAAAACACUUCAGUCGGAAGUAUCCAUGGGAACUAUGAUUUACUCCUUUGCCACAGGCUGUACAUAGUGGGUGAGAUUCAGUUGCCCAUCAAUUUAUGCCUUUUAGCACUACCAGGUGUUAGCUUGGGGCAGCUAAGAUGUGUUCUGAGCCAUCCACAGGCACUUAGCACAAGUGAUAUUAUGCUGAGGAAAUUGGGUGUUAUAGAGGAAGAAGUUCAGCAUACAGCUGCUGCUGCAGAGCUUGUGGCCUCAAAAGGACUAAGAGAUGCAGCUGCUAUUGCAAGUGUUAGAGCUGCAGAAAUCUAUGGUCUUGAAGUUCUUGCUAAUGGCAUUCAGAAUGAUUCUAACAACAUUACUCGCUACUUGCUGCUGGCAAGAGAUCCCAUCAUUCCAAGAAUAAAUAGUCUCUAUAAAACAAGUAUCGUAUUUUCCUUGAAGGAAGGACCUGCAAUGUUGUUCAAAGCCCUGGGAGUGUUUGCGCUAAGGGGCAUUAAUCUGACAAAGAUUGAAAUCAGGCCACAGAGAAAGAAGCCAUUGGAGGUAGUUGACUACUACCAUAGAGGGAGUUCCAAGUACUUCAAUUAUCUUUUCUACAUUGAUUUUGAGGCCUCUAUGUUAGAACACUGUGCGCAGAAUGCUUUGGGACAAUUACAGGAAAUUGUUUCAUUCUUUAGAGUCCUCGGCUGCUAUCCCUUGUACUCUGGUUCCCAGAAUGACGGCCCUUCCGGAUGGAAUUCAUGUUAGAAAGCAAAAAGGAAGACAGUAACCUCAAUUUAGUUGUAGUAAAUAGUUUUUGAUGAAUAAAUGAAAAUAGUUUUGUGAUAGAAGUUUCUGUAUAUUCAUAAGUAAAGAAAAAUGGUG